GCGGCGGCGUCCUGACGGUCAGCACCCUCUGCCAGCCUCUGCCCCCGGCACGUGUAGAGGAACUCAUCGUUGGGACAUCUUUGCAUAGCCCCCCAUCCAGGAAGAAGUUCUGUGAUGUGUGGAUUGUGAGUUUGCUCAAGCAAACCGGACUCUUCACAAGGAAUAACUAGACACGAGGACUAGGAUGGAAGACCCGGCACCAGUGGAAGGCCAGGGCCAGUUCCCAAGCCCCCACCAGGGCUCUCUGAGGAAGGCCGUGGCUGCUGCCCUGGCCCUGGAUGGGGAGUCCACAAUGGGUCGCAGGAAAAAGAAGAAGAAAGAGUCUCGCCCACAAUCUAUCAUCAUCUACCGGUCAGAGAAUGAGAAGCUGAAUGAGGAUCCCGGGGAAUCAGAAGGUGGAGACCCGCCCAAAGAGGAGGAGGGAGACGAUUUCCUAGACUAUCCUGCGGAUGAUGGUAUGUGGAAUAUGCCUUUGGACAGCCGCUAUGUCACAUUAACUGGGACCAUCACGCGAGGGAAGAAGAAGGGUCACAUGGUGGACAUCCACGUCACGUUGACAGAGAAGGAGCUGCAGGAACUGACCAAGCCUAAAGAGUCAUCAACAGAAACAACACUUGAAGGCAGAAAGGCCUGCCAGAUGGCAGCAGACCGUGGGCCUCACGUGGUCCUCUGGACGCUGUUCUGCCUGCCUGUCAUUUUCAUCCUCUCUUUCGUGGUCUCUUUUUACUACGGCACUAUCACCUGGUACAACAUCUUCCUUGUGUACAAUGAGGAGAGGACCUUCUGGCACAAGAUCUCGUGUUGCCCCUGCCUCAUUCUGUUCUAUCCAGUGCUCAUCAUGGCCAUGGCCUCUUCCCUGGGCCUCUAUGCUGCUGUGGUCCAGCUCUCUUGGUCCUGGGGAGCAUGGUGGCAAUCUGCCCGGGACAUGGAGAAGGGCUUCUGUGGCUGGCUCUGCAGCAAGCUGGGUCUGGAGGACUGUUCUCCCUACAGCAUUGUGGAGCUGCUUGAAUCUGACAAUAUCUCAGGGAGUCUCUCCAACAAGGACCCCACCCAGGAAGUAGAAACUUCCACUGUCUAAACGCCCAACAACUACUUCCUUCUCUAGUCACAGUAGCCUGUAUAUCGUCUUCCAAUUCCAGAAGAUUUUUUCUUUAAAUUAUCACCUCCCCCACACAGUUCAUCUGGAAACUUCUAGCCCGUACUGAUCUGUCUUACCAUGUUGAUGGUUCCAGGAGGGCAAGGAACAGCAAAGCAAUUUGUGCCAAAGCAGUCCAUCUGAUGGACAAACUCUUCUUCAUUCUCUGACCUAAAAUGACCAUUUAUCUGGGACAGGGAGCUCAGUUGUCUAUCAAUUCAGGAAGUUGAAGGGGUUACUGGUGCCUGGAACCCAGGGGAGUAUGUGACUAAAUGUGACAGGGAGAAUAAGGAGGCUCUGGGGAGACCAGUAAGAUAAUAGAUAGGGAUAGAGUGAAACAUUUAGGAAGCAGGGCUACCAUAGUGUAUCAGAAUGUAAAGAUUUGUGUGUAUCACUUAGAUUUUGAUUUAGCAUAUAAUUAAAAUCCUAAAAUAUCAGUGGUUUAAACAAGAUAGAAGUCUCUUUCUCAUAUAGAAGAAGUCUGGAGGCAGACCAUCAGGGGACCCAAUGAAGUUACUGGGGUCCCAGGCUUCUUUUAUUCCCCUACCAUUAGUAGGAUGUGGCUCUCAUUGCCCUUAUCCUCAGCACCCCAGUGCUGACUACAUCUCCAGCCAUCACAUCCAUGUUUCUGGCAGAAAAGAGGAAAGGGCAAAGAAGAGCACACCCUCCCUGUUUAAGGAGACUUCCCAGAAGUCCCACUCAACACUUCUUAUAUCUCAUUGGCCAGACCUUAGUCACAUGACCUCAUAAGCAUAAGAGGCUGGGAAAUGUAGUCUUUGGCUGGGCAGCUGUAUUCUAGGCUAAAUAUCGGGGUUAUGCUAAUUUAAAAGAAAGGGGAAGAAUGGCUAUUUUGGCAGGCAAGUAAGAAUCUCCACCUCACAGUAAGUAUUUAAACACAUUCAGGUACUAAACUGUGAAUAUAGCUUUGUUUAUUUAUUUAUUUAGGCCUGAAUCUUACACAGAGAAUUUAUACAUAGAUACUAGCUACAUAUACUAUGUAUAUGCUGUACAUAGAUAUUAGCAACUCAUGUACUUUGCAAUUAAAUGUCCGUAAUCUCAUGGGGUUUCAGGUUUUUUAGAAAGGAAGAGUGAAGGGUUGAAUACAAUUAUAUAAUAGUAGUAUAACUGUUUUCCUGAUAGUGAAGGUGGGACUGGGUGGUGAUAUUCAAUCUAAUCUACAGAUUAAAGACUGUGAAUUGCAUCUGUCAAACUUCCCCCCAGCAGGGAUCAGUAGCCCUAAGCACAAAGAAGACAGAGUUAGCUUUCUGUUUGGCAAAAUCUCACUCAGAGCCUCACUCACUCGACCUUUCUGGAGUUUAAUGAACAAACACCAUCGUUGCCAUUCUGAGAAGCUUGUGUCUUCCUGGCCACUAGGGGGGUGUAAACCAGAUGAAUCCAGAUUAACAGAUUCUGAACUUUUUAUUUUUUAAUUCAUUCCUGAGGGUGUCUUCCUAAUUUCAAAAAAAAUCAAAUCCUAAGUGGUCAGGACGUUUGGGUCCUUACAAGAAUAGCUUGUGCCCAUUUCUCGUUCAUGUCUCAGGAAGAAGCUGUUGAAAGAACUUCCGAAUCAAACCAAAUGGGCCAGGCACACUCUCCCACAGAAGGUCAAGGAUAUUUGCUUAAUGUAUGGUGCUGAACUCCACAGAGGAACCCCUCUCCCCCUUUGUUAAAUAACUAUUAUUAGUUUGACAAAAAACAACAACUCUGCCCAGCAUUUUUGAAGAUAAUCUUGGUGCUCUCUGGUGCUUUUGCAGAGACAUAAACAGUUAAAGACAAAGAAAAUAAAAAUAAAAUCUGAUUAACAUUUGCUCA